AUGGGUGAUUGGGAAGGUUUAGAAAUUAAAAUCGAAGAAGAAAGUCGAAAAACCCGUCUGUUGGGCAUUGUGGCGCCGCGCUGCCAAAGCCCCUCAGGACAGAGUAUGUCCGCCAGGAUCGGGCCCGCCGCACCAGCCAGAGUGCCUGAGGACAGCCUCUGUCCAUCAUGCUCUGGCGCUCCACGCCCCAUAGAGCGCCCUGACCCCCUGGAGACCCCAGGGGAGGCACUUCCCGAGGCAGUUGUUGAGGCCCCAGCUAGAGGUAGGGGUAGAUCUCGAGCUAGAGGUCGUGCUAGUAGUACGACAGUAGCCAGAGGUCGUGGACGUGGAGCAGCACCAGUGAGAGGUCGUGCUAGAGAGGUCUCUACAGAACCUCAGGUUGAUGGCAGAGAGGACCAGGUUCCUCCAGAUCCUGUAGUCACACCCUUGCUUCAGGAUACACUAUUGAGGGUGUUAAGUGUGCUAGAGGGCUUUUCUCAGGGUGGUGGUGCGACUACCACACCACAUGACUCUCGUACUAGAGAGGGGGCUCAGACCCAAGAGCAGCAACAAGCUCCAGUUGUUCAGGAUGCGGUGGGGCAACUACCAGUAGAUCCCGCGGUUCAGAAUGAUAUUGCACCAGCAGUUGGGGGUCAAGUUGCAUCGAUGGUUGUUCUGACAGAGGAUGAGCAGCGUAGGUAUGAGAGAUUUCGAAAGAUGGACCCACCUCAGUUUCAGGGUGGGAAGAGCGAGGACGCUCAUGAGUUUCUAACUACCUGCCGAGAGUUACUAGAGGUGGUUGGAUUAGCUGAGUCACAUGGGGUUAGAUAUGCUACACUCCAGCUUCGUGGACCAGCGAGAGACUGGUGGAGGACUUAUUCGGGAUGUUUUCCAGUUGGAUCUCCUCUAGUGACUUGGGAGCAGUUUGCUAGCGCAAUCCAAGAUCGUUUUAUCCCAUGGAGCGUGAGAGAGGAGAGUCGCUUGAGGUUUGAGAGUCUGAGACAGGAUGGUUUAUCGGUUACAGAGUAUGAGGCGCGUUUUUGCCAGUUGUCUAGGCAUGCGUUGGCCAUUAUUCAAAAUGAGACAGAGAGGAUCCGCAGAUUUGUGAGGGGAUUGACUUUCUCUAUCAGGUCAGCUGUGUUUCGGACAUCUAGGGAGGGGACUUCUUUCCAGUCUAUUGUGAGCGCCACUAAAGAGGCGGAAUUGAUGGAGAGGGAGGAGUUUGGGGACCCUAAAAGAGCUCGUAUAUCAGGUCAGUUUCAGGGUGCCUCAUCUGGAGGUAGGGGAUCACAGAGAGUCUCGUACGGUUCACAGCAGCGACCUACAAGGCGAGGCAAUUAUAGUGGGCUUCAGGGUCCACACAGCAGUUCCCAGACCACACCAGCACCACAGGGUAGAGGUCGUGGCAGAGUUCAGUCAGGUAGAGGUGAUAGAGUUUCUAGUAGUGGUGUUGCAGCUCAGCAGAGUGGGGGUAGAGGUACCACCCAGGAUGGAGGUGGACAAGGAGGCCACUGCUAUGCUUUCCCCGGGAGACCUGAGGCGGAGACCUUCGAUGCUGUUAUUACAGCAAUGCCUGGUGUUCCGAGGGUUGAGUGGAAGAGUGUUAGUGGUUCUUAUCCAAGCAAGGUCAUCUCUUUUAUCCGUGCUAAGAGAUUGUCUUUUGUGAUUGUUUUCAUCGAUGACAUCUUGGUUUACUCUAAGACUGAGGAGGACCAUGUCCGACACCUGAGGAUUGUACUUCAGAGGUUGAGAGAAGAGAAGUUGUAUGCCAAGUUCUCAAAGUGUGAGUUCUGGCUUACUUCUGUGACAUUCUUGGGACACGUGGUGUCCAAGGAGGGUAUUAGAGUAGAUCCGGCCAAAAUUGAGGCAGUUAGAGGCUGGACGCGACCUACUUCACCUACUGAGAUUAGGAGUUUUGUGGGAUUGGCAGGCUAUUAUCGACGAUUUGUUCAGAGUUUCUCUACUAUUGCAGCUCCAUUGACUAGAUUGACUCGACAGGAUGUGGGUUUUCAGUGGUCUGAUGAGUGUGAGGAGAGCUUUCAAAAGCUCAAGACUUUGUUGACUUCUGCUCCUGUGUUGACUCUACCUGAGGAAGGUGUAGACUUUACUGUGUAUUGUGAUGCUUCAGGAGUUGGUUUGGGUGGUGUGUUGAUGCAGAAGGGGAAAGUGAUUGCUUAUGCUUCUAGGCAAUUGAAGUCCCAUGAGAAGAACUACCCUACUCAUGAUCUGGAGUUGGCGGCUGUGGUAUUUGUACUUAAGUUAUGGCGUCAUUAUUUGUAUGGAGUGCAUUGUGAGAUCUUCACUGAUCAUCGGAGUCUUCAGUAUAUCUUUAGCCAGAGGGAUUUGAACUUGAGGCAACGGAGAUGGCUUGAGUUGCUGAAGGACUAUGAUGUGACCAUUCUGUAUCAUCCAGGAAAGGCCAAUGUUGUGGCCGAUGCUCUGAGUAGGAAGACUCCUAGCAUGGGGAGUCUUGCAGCGCUUAGUAUUGAGGAGAGACCAUUGGCUAGAGAUGUGCAGAUAUUAGCUAACAGUCUUGUCCGCUUGCAGAUUUCAGAAGAGAGUGAUGGGAUGAUUGCUUUUAUUGAGGCUCGAUCUUCUUUAGUCGAGCAGAUUCGUGCACACCAGUUUGAUGAUGAAAAAUUAUGUCUCAUUCGAGACAAAGUAUUGAGAGGGGAAGCUAAGGAGGCUGUCCUUGAUUCUGAUGGCGUCUUGCGGAUCGGAGGCAGAAUUUGUGUGCCCAGGACAGGCGAUUUGAUUAGAUUGAUUCUUGAGGAGGCCCAUUGUUCUCGGUAUUCCAUCCAUCCGGGAGCGGCGAAGAUGUAUCAUGAUCUGAGUCAGCAUUACUGGUGAGGUGGGAUGAAGAGAGAUAUUUCAGACUUUGUUUCGAGGUGUUUGACUUGCCAGCAGGUCAAGUGUGAGCACCAGCGGCCCGGGGGUGUAUCUCAGAGGAUGCCUAUUCCUACUUGGAAGUGGGAGCGGAUUACUAUGGACUUUGUUGUGGGUUUGCCUACCACAGUGGGUGGUUAUGACUCUAUUUGGGUUGUUGUUGAUAGGCUGACCAAGUCUGCCCACUUCAUCCCGGUUCGGGUGAAGUAUACAGCAGAAAAGUUAGCUGAGCUAUAUAUCAGUCAGAUUGUGCGACUACAUGGAGUUCCUAUUUCUAUCAUAUCAGAUCGAGGUUCACUAUUUACUUCUCAUUUCUGGAAGGCAUUACAACAUGGUCUGGGUACUCAGUUAGAUAUGAGUACGGCAUUUCACCCUCAGACAGAUGGUCAAUCUGAGCGGACCAUUCAGGUAUUGGAAGAUAUGCUUCGAGCGUGUGUGAUCGAUUUUGGUGCUAGAUGGGAUCAACAUUUACCCUUAGCGGAGUUUGCCUAUAAUAACAGUUAUCACUCUAGUAUCCAGAUGGCCCCAUUUGAGGCGUUGUAUGGAAGACGGUGUAGGUCUCCGAUUGGUUGGUUUGAUUCGGCGGAGAUGGACUCUUUGGAUACAGACUUGCUUAGAGAUGCUAUGGAGCAAGUCCGUAUGAUUCAGUAUAGAUUAUUGACAGCUCAGAGUCGACAGAAGAGUUAUGCAGACCGGAGAGUUAGAGCCUUGGUGUUUAUGGAGGGUGAUCAUGUUUGGCUUCGAGUAUCACCCAUGAAGGGUGUGAUGAGGUUUGGAAAGAAGGGCAAGCUUAGCCCUAGGUUCAUUGGACCUUUUGAGAUUUUGAGCCGAGUGGGAGAGGUGGCCUAUAAGUUGGCCUUGCCACCUAGUUUGUCGGCAGUUCAUCCUGUUUUCCAUGUCUCUAUGCUUCGGAAGUAUAUUCCGGAUGAAUCUCAUGUGAUUUCACUCGAUUCUGUGGAGCUGGGUCCAGACUUGACAUUUGAGGAGGAGCCUAUAGCUAUUUUGGAUAGGCAAAUUCGAAAGCUUAGGACCAAAGAGAUUGCUUCAGUGAAGGUGCAAUGGAAGCACCGAUCAGUGGGAGAGGCAACUUGGGAGACAAAGUCUGACAUGCGUGCCCGAUAUCCUCAACUUUUUGAAGCUUCAGUUGAAAUAAUGAAACAAGAUGAGGAUUUGGAAGCAAGAUAUAUCAAAGAAUAUAGGCAAAGAAAUGAUUGGCCAAAAUGGAAGGAAGCAACUCAAACAGAAUUGGAUUUACUUGAAAAACGUGAUGUUUUUGAACCAGUAGUUCGAAUACCUGAAGGUGUCAAGCUAAUGGGGCAUAAAUGGGUUUUUGUGCAAAAAUAUCCAUUCCGACCUCAAGAAAGUGGUGAAGAGGUUCUUGGUGAUGAAACACCAUAUCUCAGUGCUAUUGGGGCACUAAUGUACCUUGCCAACAAGCCCGAGCAGAUAUUUUUUUUCGCAGGUAUUUGUCUGAUCCGCAUAAAUCCUGAUAUCGGACAGGCUAAUUAUUCACCUAUGGAGGUACAACUGUAUCGUUGCGUUCGAUGA